UAUUGAAAUUUUACAUAUAAUAAAACGUCUGUGACGCUGGGGGUGGGAACUAAAACAACAAAGGGAGUGGGAGACUGACGGCGAGAAAACGCUAAAUGCAAACGAAAUUAGAGGUUUCGCUCUGCAGUCGCUGGUAAUUUAAUCAAAAUAAAACUAAAUUUUCUUUUGCUAUUGUAAAUUACAUAUAAUUUAUCAAUCCCCGCCCCAACGCCUGUGUUAGAAUGGUGGCAGCUGAUGAAGGAAAAUGUUCUGUGUGUUUUCUGUACUCUGGUUAUUAUUAUUUUUUUUUGUCUACGUUUUGUUUGCAACGUCCUGUACCCAGAUAUGCACCUAUAUAUACAGGUAGAUGUAGGUAUGCACAUACUUGUACGUAUAUAUGCAUAUACUCAUUUAUUAUUUGUUUUAUAUAUAUAUAUAUACACACACACACACAUACAUACCUGCAGUUUUAGUAAAGGGUUCAGUUUCAAAUUCUGAGAACAUCACUGAAAAUGAGCAGUACCUGAAGAAGACCUGAUGAUACAACAACUGGAGACAGUAGUCCAGAUAUAAUGUAAAAUCACUGUUGUUUAUUGUAAUAUUGGUACUGUUAUACAAUCCAAAAGUAUAGAUAUAGUGUAUAAGCUUACAUAAGCUUCUGACAACUUGUAUCAUGCAAUUUAAAUAACAACUUAAAAUGUGAAGUUCAGUUGUUGAGAGUGUCAGAUGAUAUUGGCAUUGAGGAUAUAUCAUCAAUAUUUAUCGACAUUUACAGACAGAAGGCAGAUUUUAUACAGGAGAUCUACAUUUUCGUUUCUAUAAAUUUAUCUUCAAGUUUCUGAGAGUUAUUCUUCUGAGUGAAACAUUUCUCUUCAUUGUAUAGAACACGUAUAAAUUGAUUUUUGUAUUACAAUUAAAUUUGGAUAUAGUUACAAAGCAGUUUGGUACCCAUUAUAAUAUUUGAUGAAAAUAUUGCAGCAGUAGUAUAAAAUAAAUUCAGGAAACAAACAUUUAUUAUUGUUGUGAGAUAAGAAAUUUCAUUGAAGAAUGGAUUCUGCUGAAGACUUGCCAAAGGAGGUGAGAAAAUCAUAUCCCUGUGAUAUCUGUCAAAAGACAUUUUCUCUAAAAAGUAGUCUUACUAAUCAUAAAAUUAUUCACUCAGGAGAGAAACCACAUAACUGUGAUAUCUGUGGUAAGUCAUUCCCACGAUUACAAACCUUAAUUACUCAUAAACGCAUCCACACUGGAGAAAAGCCUUAUGAAUGCGAUAUCUGUGGUAAAUCAUUCACUGUAAAAGGCACAUUAACUGAACAUAGACAUAUACAUAUGGGAAAGAAACCGCAUAACUGUGAUAUCUGCAGUAAAUCAUUCUCUCGAAUGCAUAACUUGAAUAUUCACAAACGCAUCCAUACAGGAGAACGGCCACAUAGAUGUAAUAUCUGUGGUAAUUCAUUCUCUCUAAGAAGUCACUUAGCCGAUCAUGUACGAACUCAUACAGGUGAAAAACCAUAUCACUGUGAUAUCUGUGGUAAAUCAUUUUCUCAGAAUCAUAGCCUAACUCGCCACAUACGUACUCAUACAGGAGAGAAACCAUAUCAGUGUAGCAUUUGUGGCGAGUCAUUCUCUGACAGAGGUAAUUUAGCUAAACACAAGUACCUUCAUACAGGAGAGAAGUCAUAUCACUGUGAUAUCUGUGGAAAAUCAUUCUUUCAAAAAGUACAUUUAAAUUCUCACAAACGCAUUCAUACUGGAGAGAAGCCAUAUCACUGUGAUAUCUGUGGUAAAUCAUUCUCUCAUGGAAAUGCCUUAAAUACUCACAAACGUAUUCACACAGGAGAGAAACCAUAUCAGUGUGACAUCUGUGGUAAAUCAUUCAGUGCUGGUGGUCCAUUAACUGUUCACAAACGAAUUCACACAGGGGAAAAACCAUAUCAGUGUGAUGUUUGCAGUAAGCCGUUCUCUAAAACAAGUCUUUUGAUGGGACACAGAAGACGCAUUCAUACAAAAGAGAAACCAUAUCACUGUGACAUCUGUGGGAAAUCAUUCUCUGACAGAAGAGGUUUAACUGUUCACAAGCGUAUUCACACGGGAGAGGAGCCAUACCAUUGCGGUACCUGUGGUAAAUCGUUUUCUCAAAGUUCUGGCCUAAUUAAGCAUGUACGUAUUCAUACAGGUGAGAAGCCAUAUCACUGUAAUUUAUGUGGUAAGUCAUUCUCUGGAAGUAGUUCCUUAACUACUCACAAAUAUAGUCACACGAGAAAGAAACCAAAUCACUGCAAUAUCAGUAACAGAUCGGUUAAAUAAACACAAAUAUGUUCAUACAGGACAAUAGCUGUGCCACUGUGAUGCCUGUUAUAAAUCCUUCUAUCAAACCAGUCAUUUAACUAUUUUCAGAUGUUUACAUACAGAAGAGAAAACCCUGUCAGAGUGAUAUUUGUGGUAAACCUUUCUUACAAAAUAGUGAUAUAAAUAAACAUAAUCACAUUGAGGCAGGAGAAAAACCAUAUCACUGUAAUAUCUGUAUUGUAUCAUUCUGUAUUAGAAGUGCUGUAACUACUCACAAAUGCAUUGAUACAGGAAGAAAACCAUAUGAUUGAUGCCUUUGGGAAACCAUUUUCUGAAAGUAAUCAUUUAACUAAACAAAUGUACUCAUUUCAAAGGAAAGUUAUAUCACGGCAAUAUCUAUGACAGAUCAUUCUCUGUAACGAAUGAUUCAUAUUGGAAUAUACACUCUGUGAACUAAGUGGCAAAUGAACAGAAACAUCAGCACUCUAAUGUUGUCAGAGGCAUGACAACCUCUCUGGUGCUGGCUGCACAAUAAAAUAUAUCUUGUACAAUGUGAAAUUGAUGUUGACAAAUACAACAAAUAGCCAGUAAAACCAUUCAUGUAAAAGGGAAAUUGGAAGUCAAGUACUUUUCUUGACUCAUCUAAGACAUGGAGUAGAACUUUUCUGUUUACUAUGGAAGUAAUAAUAAAUUCAUUAAAU